AGGUAUGAGUCGUCGGAGUUCUCGUGUACCCCUACCUCUUCGUUUGUUAGACGAAUUCAAAACUCGAUGGUUCCUCAAGAUAGAUUACACUCGACAAAUAGAGGACUUCAAGUCACCGCUGCAGAGUAGCAUUGAAAGCUUUCUAAAAUCUGAAGAUGGCAGCAGACAGCUUAGUAUUGCCAAGGAGAUUGGGCAGAGUCUACGGCAGUGCAGUUAUGGCAAAGAUCUAAUUGUUGAACUAGCUGUAGCUUUUCUCUCAGAAAUUUACAAAGUUUGUAGCUCUCGACAUCCAAUACGACGAGCAAUAGCGCGCUCAUUAGAUCAUCUUUUGGAUGGAAAAAUUGGCAAUGCAACUUUAGAGGUGGUAAAACGAGACAUGAGAGAACGAAUGGAUUUUGGACUUGACAUGACAAAGGGCACAGCAGUUUCGCUGGUUUUGGAGGAGAUGGAGCAGAUUUUAGAUUACCUGCUAUCAUUCAGUGACAACUUUAAAGCUGGAGAAAUUUGCAUAGAGGACCUAGGUGUUGAAAUUCUAAACUUCAGCUAUCCAGUUUUAGCCAUCCAGGUGAACAUAGCAAGGCAAGAGACUAUACUCAUUUGUCAGCAGAAAGCCAUUGAAGGUUGUAUGUCAACUGUAAAGUUGGCAACAGUAGUUAUGCAGAAGUGUCAUGAAACAGUUAAGAUCAUUCAUGCUGAGGAUAAGUCUGUACAGUCAAUUAUGGCUGGUCUACUGCAAUCACUAAGAACAAUUCUUGAGCAAUCUCUUUUUAUCAAAGAUUGUCAGAGCUGUGCUGGUCUGGCUUUGAUCAACAUCUUUAGAAUUACAAUGGAAGCAACUGGAGAUUCUCAGCAGGUUAUUGACUUGUUGAGGCUAUCAACCGGGAGAUUCAGUUGGAUUGGAAAUUUAUCAGAUUUUGCUAGGCAUUGUGUCUAUCGAGGUUUUCUGGCUGUUAUGCCACUGGAAGAUGUUUCAGCCAAGACAUCAUCAACUAGUGGACCAAUUGUGGUGGAUGUUGUAUUGCCAGAACUUCUUCUUAUUGCAAGAAGGUCUACUGAAGCUAGUUUUCGGUUAGCAUUGGCGCACACUCUAGUUCUCUGGACAUCAGUAGUUAAGUCAUUUGUGUUCAGUUUGACCAACCCAACUGGUCAAGCUGAUGUAAGCUGCUUGAAGCCCGGAAGCGUGAUGGUGUCUGGACUACUGGAAUACUUGUGGGCUAAUUGGGAUGAUCAUAUGGAUGGAAUGCGCUACCAGGUCCGUCUUAUAUUUGACAGUUUUCUUUCAUUUGAGAAGUUGAUUCUUUCAUUGGAUGAAUACAGGAAUUUUUUGAGUGGCUUGUUGGACAGGGUUAGUGCUGAAGAUUGGCGAGUUCGUGGGAAAUAUGGACCAUUGUAUUGUCUGGUUCCUCACUUUGGAGCCACACAGAUACUGAGCCAAAUGCCUACCAUAUAUCAACAACUGCUGAAAAUUAUGGACGAUCGAAACGUAGCUCCACACGCAAAGGAUUUAAUUGAGAAGCUUGCAUCUGUCCAUAAAACUGAAUUACAGCAUAGUGGCACGAGUGACAUGUUUGUAUGGAAUACUACUUGGAUUGACCCAGUUAUUGAUGUACUUUGUUCAUGUGAUUCUUCAAAGAAAUUACUAUUUCUUCAUAUUGUUGAGUUUUGCAUUCCUGUGUUGCUGAAGUGCAAUCCACUGUGUAUGAGCUAUACAUUGGAAAUACUCGAUUCUAAACAACGUAACGGGCAUGACACUCUGUCGACAAUGAUCAGCUUUCUCAAAGUUGCACGAGUUUUUGGAAUUCUAUUCAAUUGUCAGAUCAAAAAGACCAAUGCUGAAUCUUUCUGGUAUGGCGCAGUACCAGUAGACAAGCUGAGAGAUGCAUUGUGUCAUGCCAACGAUCAAGUUCGGAGUGAUGCUCUUAGCCUUGUCUGUCAGUCAAACAGAACAACAGAGGCUGUGUCGACAAUUGAUUUUGAUCUUCUCAGAUCAUUUCUGACUUUGAAUAUGAACAACCAGUCAUCUGCAUUUCGUUCAAUAAUGCUUUCUACAAUGAAAAAGUUUUUUUCACGUGUUCGUGACAGUGCUAGGGUGUUGCUGAAGAGCCUUUGUAAGGCAACUGAAUCUGAAGCCAUGGGCUGUCAUGAGCUGCUAGCUGCAUACAGGAAAUUUCUCAACUUUGUUGUUGAGCUUGUGUUUGAUGGUUUACAUCCUGAUGCUUCAUUUCAACGUGUCACCAGCUCUCUUCAGCUGCUUGAUGGCUUUAUGGAAAUAUUUCAGGGAGAUUUAAUGGAUAGUUGGUUUCAGUUGAGUGAUUGUUUUCUACCUCAUCAUGUGCAUGCACUGAUUCUGACUUUGGAGGAUUCUUAUGAUGUAAACAGACAUGUUGCACUCUCUGUGUUGUAUCGAUUGCCAGUUAGUCUGUUGCCAUUAGAAAGAAAGGGGUAUGUUGAGUCUCUUACUACUCGUGCUUCAUCUCUCAUUUGCAGUCCUCGGACAAUUGCCUGUUCAACUGGUGCAUGUUAUGUUAGAUUGUUAGCAAAAACUGUCAUUUCUCAAUUGGGAUUGAGGAUUACAUUGGGAGCUACAAGCAAUAAUUACAGUUUGACAACACAACUUUCAAACGUCUCACUAAGUGAAAGGAGUCCACUACUGCAUUUUGUGUGGGAUAUGCUACAUAUGCUGCAACACCAAGCUGCUAUUGUCAAACAGAAUUUCUCUUUUUUGGCAAAGAACUGUAUGUAUGGAAUCUUGAUGGCUCUUCGUUUUGUGUUGGCUGACAUACAUAACAUAAAUGGACUAGGUUAUAGUGAUGCAUGGAAAGAAUUUUUUCAGUCAUUAAUUGAUACUUCACUGUUGGUUGCUGACAUUGUUGGACCAGUAGUGACACAUUCAUCACCUGAAGGUCACUUGACAGAAGAUGGCAAAGACUGUGAAGAAUUUAUUGUUCCAAUGGACAAGUCAGUUUUAGAACUUGGACAGUCUGAUAUCUCUAGUGGAACAUGUGAAGGACAAGAAAACAGCUUUAGCCCAACAUCUCAGUUGGUACUGGUUUGCAGUUGGCGAUGUAUGAAAGAAGUGUCUCUUCUAUUAGGCGAUCUAGUAGAAAGGCUUUCGUUACAAACCAUAGAGCUGAGUGGGUUACUGACUGUUAAGCAAGUGAAAACAAUUGGGGAUUUCUUUACCAAGCAGUUGACUGAGUGCAGACACAGGGGUGCAUUUGAAGUGGCCUAUACUGGCUUUGUUAAGCAUUGCAAGUCUCUUUGGAAAUCUUGCGACUCUGAACUUCAGCAGCUUCCUGUUAGAUGGAUGAAUGAGCUUCUGGACAUGUUGCAAUCAGCCACUGCAUCUCAGAGUUUGAGUUUUACUCGACGCAGUGCUGGUUUGCCUUUCUUUAUACAGACUGUUUUAGCAACUGAGCCAUCUAUAUCAGGAAGGACUUGCCUGCAGCAAGUUAUGGCAGGGUUGAUUGCUAUCGCGUCUAAGCCUCUAACAGGCACGCUUGAUGAAGAGUCAUCUCUUGGCUUACCACAAGUUCAUGCUCUGAACACACUUAGGGCAUUGUUUCGAGAAACUCGGCUUGGUGAUCAUGUUAUUCCUUUUGUAUCAGAUGGAGUGAUAGUGGCGAUUACUGGAAUCUCAUCUGACUGUUGGGCUGUGAGAAAUUCAUCUACUCUGCUUUACAGUGCCUUGAUAGCACGAGUGUUUGGUGCUACUCGUUCACAAAAUUUGCAUGCCAAGCACAACUGUAUGACAGGUCGUCAGUUCUUUUCUAUGUUUCCUUCACUUCAUUCAUUUCUGUUGGAGGAACUGAAGAAAGCAACAGCAGAUGAAGUUUUAUCUUCUGGUCAAAUGAGGCUGCAUCCCAGCCUUUAUUCUGUGUUACUCUUGUUGUCCAAACUUUAUCCAUCUUCUAUGGAAGGUGCUGAUUCAGCAUUGAACUUGCAGUGUUUUGUAUCUUUUGUGUUACGGUGUGGAUCAAGUUCAGUAAUGAAGACUCGUACCAUGGCAGCCAGUGCUUUGGUUCCAUUGAUCUCAUUUACAGAUCUGCCUGCUAUAGUAGAACAGCUAGUAGAUGUCAUACCGUCACGUGACUCUGAAGGACUCAUUACAGGUGUUAUUGAACAGAAUCAACUACAUGGCGUUCUCUUGCAGCUUAGUGCUAUUUUUUGUUGCCAUCUGGCUGAAGAUUCUAUGACUCCUAGCCAUGUGAUUGCACAACUGUUUUGUAGCAUUCAAGCACUGAAGUCACGCCUUUGGAUUGCAACAAGGUCAAACGUAUGUUCAGUUACUAGAACCUUGUUUAUUAACUUUCUACACAAAUUUGUUGUGAAACAUGAAAGAGCUGGUGAGCUGAUAUCAUUAGCAAGCACAGUUGUUCAAAAAUGUGUAGAUGAUGAACUGAAACAUGUGGCUGUAUCAUCUUGUGUGUGGUAUGAUGUUGUUGGUAAUGUGGACUUAAAACAAGCUCUGCUGCAAACAGCUUUGGACAAUGAUGACACAUGGACAGGCGCAGGAUCAGGUCAUUUUUUGAAGCUUCUCUUGCAACAUCAAGAAAGCAGUUUGCGUUAUUUGGUGAUUAAUUGUGUUGCUCAACGAUGGUCAUAUCAAGAAACGAGAAUUACUGAUCAUGAAAAAUGGCUUUUACCUUUUUUGUGCAAAAUGGCAGUUGAGACUGAGCAUGAUGCAGAAUGUCUUUGUGCAAUGUAUCGUGCACUUACGGCUAUGACCUAUUCAGCCACCUCUUUAUCAGAUAUGAGGAUCAAUGCAGUAGAAUUGAUUUCAACUGUUUUCAAACAAGCUCUUAGUGCAAUCAAGAGACCUGAAUUGUGUCAAGCGAUGAUUUCAUAUGGCAAUAGACUAAUUUGUAUGUUGGCUGAGGAGCAAUUUGCAGCUGAAGACAAACUGAAUGAAUUGUUACAACAAUGGAUUCUUCUUAUUCAGCAGUGUGCUCGUGAUGAACAAGUUCUAGAAUUGAGAUUAGCUGCUGCUCAUUCUCUUCAUACGUUGGGAAUACGCAUCUUGCUGAUCAACCAUGGUUCAUUCUUGAUGACGUCUUUGACUUCUUGGAUUCAACUGUGGCAGCUAUUACAAGAUGAUGAUGCUGCUGUUCGACAAGCUGCUGCAUGUUGUAUUUCGCUAGUUUACACUCAUAUUGAGGAAGGUCCUGAAGUAAGAGUGAAGCAGAUCCAACCUUCACGGUCAAUUCAUCUUAUACCUCAAUUGCUUGUUAGUAUCUAUGCUACCAACAGUCCAAUGCAACUGUUUGAGUGGCUUUUGAAUUUGCUAUGGGAAGGCAAGCACAUAGAAGAAUGCGUCAAAAGUCAAAAUGCGUUAAAAGGCGAUUUAGAACAUGCAGAAGACUCUGUGGAAUUGUUUAUGAAAGGUGACAUCAAUCCUUAUGCUGAGGCAACUGUCAAGAUUGAUGUAGCUUCAGACGCGCUCAAAUUGCUUCUUCAAUCUGUUGCUAGUAAAGAUGAUGAUAUCUCUCAAGCCAUUCUUUCAAAGACUGACAGUCUGUUUCGGGCUUGUUUGAAGUCUGUUACAGAAUUUAGAGAAGCUGAAAAGAAACAGUCGUUUUUCUUUGACCAGCAGAAUCAUCGAGCAAGAUUUCUCAACAUGUAUGUUGUGGUUCGAACAAUAUACGCGCUAUCUCCUGCUGGUCACCUACAACUCAAUGACGGAGAAGAGUUGUUCAGAGACUUACAUGGAGAUAAACUCUGGCAGUGGCUACCAAAAUUAGGCCACGCAUUUCAGUUGCUAUAGCUCGGAUUUAGAAAGUUGUUUGUUAUAUUUUGAUUUUUAUUGUUUUUGGAGCAACCAUUGGCAGCUAAAGGCUGCUUUACAAUAAUUAUUGUAUGAUUUGAUUGCUAGAGGAAGGCAAUAUGUUGGCGCUCUCGCCAUAGAUCACGUGGUUUCCUACUGCAUGGUUUUUGCUAUCCAGUGCGGGAAUUCUUUGAUUGUAUUGAAUACUCGAUAUUUUCGGAUUUGAACGUAUAUAGAAUUGCAAGCAAUCUGCGACAGUACACCUUUGUUGUA